UAGCUUAUUCUGCUAACACACACGACUGCUUCUUCCUCCUACCGCGCACGAGCCCCCCCAAAUCCCUCACCUUCUUCUCCAACCGACCCCCUCAACCUCCCACGCCGCCACGCUCUGAGCGCCAGGCCGCCGCUAGCCCUACUCUCGACCGAAGCGAACCACACCUCCCCAACUUAUCUUCCUCCCAGUCCACCCCACCCCGCGCCCACCCACUCCCAUCCCCACCUUCUUCUAUGCCCACCUGGCCGCCGUGCCCACCCCCUCCACCUUCUUCCCUCCCUCUCCACCACCCACGGCGGUACUCCCUCAGCCACCGGCCCAGGCCGCCGCUGCGCUGCCCCUGCCGCGACCACUGUGCGCGUCGACCACCUCCUGCUGCACCACCCACUGAUGCCCGCCAACUCCCGCAUCCCGCACUUCCACUCACCCCCAUCCAGACGCGAGAUCUGGCCGCUCGCCCCCGUUCCACUGCCUACCGGCCUCCCAUGCCGCACACCACGGCCCACGGUGACGCCAGAUCCAUGCGCCGGUGAGACCAGCAACGUCAGCCCACGCCUCUCCCUUCUUCCCCUGCUCCCUCCUCUCCUGCUCAACCCUUUCCUCUGUCUUUCUUUGUGCCGCAGAAGGGAUACAGCCAUGGCCGUCGUUGCUCAAAGCUUGCCGGACCCGACGAUUUCUCCAUGCCGAGCGCUCGCCUUCUGUUGUCCGCAUAUGGAUCCGGGUGCCGCCGUCCCUUCCCAGCCUCCUCCAGUGACAUGUUCACCCAUCCUCCGCUGCCGCAUCCUAUGCUAGCCGCCAGUGUGUGGGAUGACGCUGGAUGGGGGCGAAAAAAGUAAACUACGACUGAAACGCCUAAGAAGGUUCUAAUGGCCUGAAGAUCAAGCAGGUGAUCUUAUUCCUCCCUGCUAAUGUCCAUGUGUCAGUGUCUUCCACCAUCCUAGAGAGAGCCUGCACUGGUGUUGUCCGUUUGUUCUCAAAGAAAAAUCACGAUGAGGUACCUGUGCGAACAAAAUAGGAAAAACAAAUCUCCCCGUAUAUGGAUUGGUGGGUGAAAAAAUGGGGCUGAGAACCAAUACGGAGGGCAUGAAUUGUAGUAGUGAGAUGGGAUAACAGUGCAUCCGUGCGGGCGUGCAGUUUGGCGGCACGGCGCGUGUGGUACACUGGUUCCGGUGAUGCUGUUCGCCGGCGUACUCCAGAGUAACAGUUUCGCUUCGUGACGAUGUCUUUGUUUGCAGUUCUCUAGAUGUGUGUUGUAGUGCACUGAAUAAAAAAGGUUUUGUAUGGACA